GUGAAGAAGGAGAUAAAAGAAGAAGAAUUGGAUGAUUUCCUACAAGAGUAUCCGUCUACAAUCCAGACAGUAGAAGAAAAGCCUGAACUGGAAUAUGAAUGCAAAACUGAGAUGUACACGUCACCCACCAUGACCUUGAAAGAAGAAAAGUAUUCACCAAUGGAAAUCAAAGGUGAAGAAGAAUUUGAUCCAAGAGAAUAUGGUGACUUCGACUCUUCACCUAAAAGAGACGUUCAAAGGAUCCAAUCUAACAAAAGAGGGAACACUGAGCAAAAAAGGAACAAAGAGAGACGUCACAAACGCCCCCAGUGCAGAAAGACUUCAUACCAGGAAUCACAUCAGCAACUGGACACCAGGGAGAAACAACAUGAAUGCUCCCAAUGUUUCAAAACAUUUGCUAGAAGUUUCGAUCUCGCAAGUCAUCAAAGAAUACACACAGGAGAAAAGCCCCAUCAAUGCAGUACAUGUGGGAGAGCCUUUAGUCACAUAUCUAAUCUCAAGACACACCAAAAGAUCCAUACUGGGGAGAAGCCACACCAGUGCAGUACAUGUUGGAAGGCCUUUAGUUCAAUGGCUCAUCUCAAGACACACCAGAGGAUCCAUACUGGGGAAAAGCCACACCAGUGCAGUACAUGUGGGAAGGCCUUUAGUAACAAGACUGAUCUCAAAACACAUCAGAGGAUCCAUACUGGGGAAAAGCCACACCAGUGCAGUACAUGUGGGAAGGCCUUUAGUCAAUUGUCUACUCUCAAGACACACCAGAGGAUCCAUACUGGGGAAAAGCCACACAAGUGCAGUUCAUGUGGGAAGGCCUUUAUUAACAUUCAUCAUCUCAAGACACACCAGAGUAUCCAUACUGGGGAAAAGCCCCAUCAGUGCAGUACAUGUGGGAAGGCCUUUAGUCAGAUGUCUAGUCUCAAGACACACCAGAUGAUCCAUACUGGGGUAACGCCGUAUCAGUGUACUACAUGUGGAAAGUAUUCCAGGAGUAGCUCUGACCUCAUCAGACAUCAGAUUACACAUACUGGAGAAAAGCCACAUCAGUGUUCUCAAUGUGGAAAGGCCUUUACCCAAAUGUCUAAUCUCAAGAGACAUCAGAGGAUCCAUUCAAAUGAUGUGCUGCCCUGCUAAUACAUGAUGGAGUAGCACUUACAGAAAUAUUUCUUGAUUAGCUGAGUUUUAAACAAUGUUUGAUGUACAAGAUGAAGUAUUAUUUUAUCAUAUUUGAAACGUAUAAUGGGGUAGAGAUUGAAACAUUAAUUGUUAGGGUACAUCAAUUCAAUAAAAGAAUAACUUGAA